CAGAAUGGGGCAGGGACACGGGUGCGGGGUGGGAGACAGCACUGGGGGGGAGAUGGCAUGAGGUGCGGGGGACAGCAUGGGUAUGGUCAUGGUGUGGGGCAUGCAGCAUGGGGGACACAGCAUGGACAUUGCAUGGAGCGCGGAACGCAGCACGGACACUGCGUGGGCAUGGAGAACACCGUGGAUGUGGCAUGGGGGCAUGGCAUGGCACGGACACGGCGUGGACACGGCACGGGCGUGGAGAGUGUUGUGGACAUGGGCAUGGACGCAGCAUGGUCAGACCAUGGGGGUGUGUGCACCCAGGCGCCCUGCUACUGCAUCAUCAUGGAGUUCUGCGCCCAGGGCCAGCUCUACGAGGUGCUGCGUGCCGGGCGCAAGGUCACCCCUUCGCUCCUGGUGGAUUGGUCCAUGGGCAUCGCCGGCGGCAUGAACUACCUGCACCUCCACAAGAUCAUCCACCGCGACCUCAAGUCACCCAACAUGCUCAUCACCUACGACGACGUGGUGAAGAUCUCGGACUUCGGCACCUCCAAGGAGCUCAUUGACAAGAGCACCAAGAUGUCCUUUGCUGGCACGGUGGCCUGGAUGGCACCUGAGGUCAUCCGCAACGAGCCCGUCUCUGAGAAGGUCGACAUCUGGUCUUUCGGGGUGGUGCUGUGGGAGCUGCUGACGGGUGAGAUCCCCUACAAGGACGUGGACUCCUCAGCCAUCAUCUGGGGGGUGGGCAGCAACAGCCUCCACCUGCCCGUCCCCUCCGGCUGCCCCGACGGCUUCAAGGUGCUGCUGCGGCAGUGCUGGUGAGCGCACCGGGGGGGGGUACACAGC